AUGAGUAAGUACUUAGUAAACACUUAUCCACCUUUGCUACAAGCUAAAAAUGAAUAUGGGGGAAAUAUCUUACAUGCUGCAGCAUUGGGUGGAAACAUUGAUUUAUUUGAAUUGCUAUUGGGAAAAGGGUUUGACAUCAAAGUCAACCCACAUGACGGUAAAAAUGUAAUAAUUUCACGUUGUAUGAACGGAAAACAUGAAAUCUGUAAGUACUUUGUCAGCAUUUAUCCUCAUUUACUUCAUGAUACGGACACUGAUGGGAACAAUGCCUUACAUGCAGCAGUCUGGGGUGGAAACAUUAAUUUAUUCAAAUUCCUGUUGAGAAAGGGUUUUGACAUCAAUAUCUCUGAAAAUGAAGGGAAAACUGUGCUUCACUUUUGCUGUUUAAACGGACAACUCGAUAUGUUUAAGUACUUGGUCAACACUUAUCCUCAAUUACUAGAUGUCAAAGACAAUGAAGGAGAGAAUGCUUUACAUGCUGCAGCCCUAGGUGGUAACCUUGACAUGCUAAAAUUCCUGUUAAGAAAAGGAUUUGAUAUCAAAACCAGAGGAGGCGAUGGGAAAACUGCUUUUCACCUUUGUUGUAUGAAUGGAAAAUUAGAUAUAUGUAGGUUUCUGAUUGAAAAUUAUCCUCAUCUGUUAUACAUCAAGGAUAGUACAGGAGUGAACAUUUUAGAUGCGGCAGCUUGGGGUGGACACGUUGAUUUGCUUAAAUUUCUUUUGGGAAAAGACUUGAACAUCAAGGUAUCCUCAGAUGAGGGGAAAACUGUUCUUCACUUUUGUUGUAUGAAUGGGAAACUAGAUAUGUGUGAGUAUCUUGCUGAAAAUUAUUCUCUUCUAUUAUACAUCAAGGAUAUGUUUGGAUUGAAUGUCUUACAUAUGGCAGCUUGGAGUGGAAACAUUUAUUUGUUCAAAUUCCUGUUGGAAAAAGGCUUUGACACCAAAGUAUCCUCAAUUGAUGGUAAAACUGUGCUUCACCAAUGUUGUUUAAACGGAAAACUUAAGAUGUGUAAGUAUUUGGUCCACACUUAUCCUCAAUUACUAGAUGUCAAAGACAAUGAUGGAGUGAAUGUCUUACAUGCGGCUGCUUGGGGCGGUAACAUUGAUUUGUUCAAUUUUCUGUUGGAAAAAGAUUUUGAUUUCAAAACCACAAGCGAUGGGAAAACAGUUCUUCACAUGUUCUUCACAUUCGUUGUAUGA